AUGGCUCUGCCCGACAAUCCCGCUACCUGCGAUGACGACAACCCCGAUUCACAGCCUGCCCUAACAGGCUUAGAUUUUUUGCUCAGUCAUCUUGCACUCGAGAAGGCAGCACGCGCCGAGCCCGAUUCUAUCAUCUCCCAUAAGGAACCUUCAGCACCCGCGAUCUCUAAUCCCGACCCUGUGGCAGAGACAUCUGCGGAACCAAACGUCGGUUCGGCAUCGCACCAUCCCUCUGAGACCACGUCCCGAACCAUCCGGCUCAAGCAGGCGACCUUGAGCUUCGCCAAGCCUUCAUCCUCGUCUGCCGACGUCAAAAACUCGCACGGGUCGUCUGAGCGUCCGCGUCCUCGCCUCACCAUAAACAUGGCCGAGCUCAUUGAAGGACUCUACGACGAUGCAAUUGACAAGUUCAAGAAUCACUGGCAAGCACGCUUCCCCUGGCUUCAAAUCACUAAAACCACCUCGGGGUUGCCUGCCUUCAAGUGUACUGUUUGUGCAGCUCAUGCUGGCGACGGAGGCAAGUGCAGGAGACGCGGGAAAGGCGCCAUUGACUUGCAGACCCAGACUUUUUGUAAGCACGUGGGCACGUCGAAGCACAAGCUGGCGAUGGCGAGACAAACUGCUGUGCAAGAGUGCGGUGCGAGGCAGCCGCAGAUUGACCAGCAUCGCGCUGCAGUGGACGGAGAGCAGUCCCGGGUCGUCGCCCUUCUCGACUCAUUGCUGUUCAUCAGCAGAUCCGACGUGCCCAUGGGGAUGUGGGUGAAGCUGGUGCGUUACCUGGCGGAGAAGGGCGUUCCCGACUUUCCGAAGAAGGGGUACCGCACCUACUUCACCAUGGAGGCACUGGCGGCUAAAACAGCCGCCGAGAAGAUUCCUGCGUUCAAUGUCAUUAACAUGGUGAUUCGCCGGGUGGCAGAGCAUCUCGGCCGUUCAGGGCCAUGGCACCAAUGGUUCAUGGGGCUCCAGGAGGUUUUCACGUCCACUUCUCUGGAGCUCCAAGGCAUUCAUUCCGUCCGCUGGCUUUCACGGGGCGACGCAGUGCUCAGGCUUGUCGCUGUGCUUCCGGCUCUCAUCGUGAUGCUGAAGGAGUGGGACGCCAGGCUGUAUGCUCUUGUGACAAGUUAUAAGUUUAAGUUCCUUCUUUUCUUUAUUGCGGAUGUGCUUGAGCAGCUCAACAUCCUGAACAGGGCGUUCCACCACAAGAAACUUGACUAUGCCAGCGUGCAUGUGCAGAUUAAGCGCACAACGUCGCACAUCGAGAGCCGUUACGUUGAUUGCGGCGACAACUUCGGUGGCGGUGUGAGCGAGCUGCUGUCCCCCUUCAUCGCGCGCCAUGGGCCAGGAGGAAACCGGGAGGUGAAGAUUGAAGGGGUUGACUCGGACGGCCGUCCUGCACGCUUCACCUUCAGGCCGCAUGAGGAUGAGCUAGAGGAGUUCGAAGGGCCCGGGACCUACGAUGGCUGCGUGGAGGUCUGCACGGAGUUCGCAGAGGUGAUCGUUCACCAACUCGAGCAUCGGCUUGGCGACCUUGAUGGGAUGUCUGGGGUAAAGCUGUUCAUCCCAGACAAGUACUCGCUGAACGAGGUGCCUUCAGUGGCUACAGUCGCUGGUGACUUUGUUCAAGGCAACCGAGACAGAGGAGAUACUGCCAGGGCCUACAAGAAGCGCAAGCCCCACAGCAACGCUCCACUCCCGCCUGCAGGAAAGCAGCAGAACAAGGCCAAGCUGGCAGACGAGGUGAUGGAAGUAGAAGACAUAGAAGAGGAUAAUGAUUCGCCUGACAGUGAUGACGAUGAUGGAUUUGAUGGGUAG